CUUACCGCUUAAUUAUAUAUGUAGGUCAUUCGCCGUGACCCAUGCCAAGUUACGUCUCAACAAUUCAUAUACCCAGCUGAAUAUACGUAUCUACAAAGCACCCUGAUAUAUAUAUAGGGAACUUUUAUCCGAAUGACGAAAAUGUUCUGCUGUAUUGUUCUAUUUCGAGGAUUACACGAUUUCUUAUCGACUUCAGGCUCAAGCGCCAAGCAUAUAACUUACUAUGGUAUAGCAACAGCUAGUUGCUAUAUCUGCAUAAUUUUCCUGUGAAGGAAACAAGCUUGUUAUCUUUGCCCUCUGGACUCAUCAUCAUCAAUCGCUUGCACAGGUCGUAUAUAACCAAGGAGAUCAGCGCGACAGAUUACGACAGCUUCCGUCGAUUUUUAGUUACAUACCAUGCGUCCCCCAAAGGCCAGUACAACAAUUCGAAUAUCCGCGAACUUUGGACCUGCGAGCCAAUUCGCAAACUUGCCCGCGACCUUCAUUCAGCUCAAGGGCCGGACAGAUCUUGAAGAAGGCGACCUCUAUCUACAAUUAUCGCUGGCAACCCUGCGAGAGCUGGCCGACUUGUUGGAACACGAUCGUCUCUCAGAAACUGAUAAAUCCACCUACAGUCGAGCUUACACCGCUGGCAAACUUCAAUAUGACCAGGCGGUAAAACUCAGAGACCAACUUCAGACGCAGAAAAAAUCCUUUCGCAAGUUCAUUGUAAACCUUUUCGUCCGCAAGUCGGAUGCCGAGCGCUUUCUCAAGGUCACAUAUCGGGCUUAUACGAGUAUCAGAAGGACUUCGGAUGACCUGGCCAGACGGUUGCUACCAGAAAAAGAUAACACCCUUGUAUUUGGAACCCCCGAGAAGUCCGCACAAGACCAAGCCUCUGAUUGUGAGGAGAGUCCGCGUGAUGUGGUAGAAGACAGUCUUUCAGUCACCGAUCUUCCUCCAAACAAAACCAUCCGAGGCCUUAAUGUAGAUGUACAUAAUAAACAGGAAGAACAUGAGCUCUUUGCGACGAUUAGUCGAAUAGUGAAAGCCAGGAAUGCGGACGAAUAUGAACAGGCAGAAGAAGCAGAAGAAGAAGAAGAUGAUGAUGGUAGUGCCACUGUCAUACCCUUGAACUCGCAAAGUAGAGCGCCAUCCCCUAGCUCCAGCUGCUCAUUGAUCAAUAUUUACAUCAACCAAAGCGUGGUGUCUUUUGAUUCAGAAUCGACAGGACCAACAUUGAAUGUCGGGGCGAAUGAAGGGGACCUGUCAGCGCUAGCCCUGGAUAUCAAUAAGCCAACGUCUCAGUUGACUUGAUUUGAUGAUUGUAACGCGUUCGAUAUUAUACUAUGUCUAGUCGACAGUGUAUCAGUAAUAUAUUAUUGAUUGGGCAUUCGUGGGUCUCAAGUAGCUAAAAGCACCGCAAUUACGUAUGUACUUCCAACGUCAGUUCAAACUCCGGCAA